ACGGGGAACACCUUCGCACCCUGGCAGGCAUCUGGGAGAACAAACAAGGAGCAGUCAUGGAGAAGACUUACAUGUCCAUGUUCCUGCUGCUUGUCACCAUCUCCUGCACUCUGGCAAAGGAUGUGGGCAAGAAGGAGACAAAGGAGACUACUGCUAAACCAAAACUGCCUCAGACACUCUCCAGAGGCUGGGGAGACCAGCUCAUCUGGACGCAGACGUACGAAGAAGCCCUCUUCCGCGCCAAGCACAGCCAGAGACCCCUGAUGAUUAUCCACCACCUGGACGACUGCCCGCACAGCCAAGCACUCAAGAAGGUCUUUGCUGAACAUAAAGAUAUACAGAAACUGGCUGAAAAAUUUGUUCUCCUGAACCUUGUGUAUGAAACCACAGACAAGAACCUUUCUCCUGACGGCCAGUACGUCCCUCGGAUUCUGUUCAUAGAUCCUUCCCUGACUGUGAGAGCAGAUAUUACUGGAAGAUACUCAAACCGUCUCUAUGCAUACGAGCCCGCUGACAUUUCACUGUUGUAUUCAAAUAUGCAGAAAGCUCUGAAGCUCCUGAAGACUGAACUGUGAGGGGAAGAAGGAAGCCCUUAAAUACUAUGAAGUCUGAUCUUCCAUCUCUUCUCCACUCAUUGAAACUGGUGAAGAGAUUAAUAUUUAGAGUGAUACUUAGUGAUACGUAGUGCUGGUUUAUAUAUAUAAACACUACAGUUUUACAUUAGCACUUUUGUACUGGGCAGCAUUUUUAAAAGCUGGAGGCUUUUAAUUUAAGGCGUACAGAAGAACACUGUAUGAUCCAACUGUAAAAAUGAUUUUUUUAAAAAAAUAAAUCCAUUUCAAGUGUUUACAUACAAAA